GUAGGGAAGUGGUUGUCGGUUGUGUUUAUUCGACAGCUUUCAGCUCUUCCUGAUCAUCAUAAGCCUUUGUCAUUGACAGCUCACUACGAAAACAUCUAACACUAGACUUAGCUAUCUGAUUAAACAGCAACGCAAGACUAACCGGAGCAGCUGUACAGCUGACAACAGAGAAGUUUUUAUUCCUGUGUAGCCCGUGGUGGUUGUGGUGGUGGAAGAGAAGAAAGAAGAAAAACUGGACAAUCUGGUUCACUCAUCGCCCGGACGUCCAGAAGACACUGACCCAGCCGUCAGUCUCACGGUGGGGUUGAAUACAAGGAGCUUUAUGAAGUAGUGUGAGUGACCUGCACAUCAACAAUGGGGAAGAGGAGGGUCCCAGACCUGUACAGAGCCCCCUUUCCUUUAUACUCCAUUAAAGUGGACCCUAAAACAGGCCUGGUGAUCACAGCAGGAGGAGGAGGGGCCUCCAAGACAGGCAUAAAGAAUGCUGUGCACUUCCUGGAUCUACAGCUGGUUGGAGAACACCAGUACAGUGCCAGCCUCCUUCACUCUCAUGAUACUGACACACGUGCCACCAUGAACAUGGCUGUAGGUGAUGGCGUAAUUGCUGCUGGACAGGACGGGACCUGCUGUCUGAUGAAGUUUCAACUCUGCACACAGGCAGAAGGUGGCGGCAAAGCUGGUGCUAAAACUGGGAACAGUGUGCAGCAGGGCAGUGCCAGGCGACGAGCUGGGAAAGGAGACAAAAGUGAACAGGAUGGAGCUGCAGCCUCUGGAGAUACAUCAGAUAUGAAAGAUGAGACGUCUCACAUCUCUGUGACUGGUUUGGCUGAAGUGCAUUCAGACCUGAACCCUCAGGACCCACUCCAGAAGGUGGUCAGGUUCAGUCCUGACCUGAGCCUUCUGCUCACAGGAGGCACAGAUGGACACAUCCGAGUCUGGGAGUUUCCGUCCCUGAAGAAGAAGUUUGACUUCAAAGCACAUGAAGGGGAGAUUGAAGACUUGGAUAUGAGUCCAGGAAACAAGCACCUGGUGACUGUUGGCCGAGACUUUGCCUGCAGUGUAUGGAGUGGAAACCAGUUGGCUAUGGGUCUGAAAUGGCAUGAAACCCUGCCUCAGAUGGCUGAGAAGACUUAUCGAUACAUGGCCUGCAGGUUUGGAAAGGUAGAGGACCAAAAAGAGGCCCUGAGGCUUUACACAGUCCAGAUUCCCCAUAAAAGAGACAGGAGACCUCCUCCUUGCUACCUCACCAAGUGGGACGGCAAGAGCUUCCUGCCCAUGCUGACGGCUCCCUGUGGCACUGAGGUCAUCUCCAGUCUGGCUGUCAGUGACUCUGGAACAUUUCUGGGCCUUGGAACUGUAACAGGAUCAGUAGCUAUCUACAUCGCUUUCUCCCUGCAGAAGCUGUAUUACGUAAAGGAGUCCCAUGGCAUUGUGGUGACAGACCUGGCCUUCCUGCCUGAUGUGCUGAAAGGCAAAAACAUCAAGGGGAAUAAUGAAACCGCCAUGUUGAGUGUAGCUGUGGACAGCCGCUGUCAAAUGCAUGCUGUCCCCAACCGCAGGUCCUUUCCUGUCUGGCUGGUGCUGUUCUUCUGUGGCCUCAUAGUAGUGGGACUUGUCCUCCUCCUACAGUACCUCUUUCCAGGAUUUAUUUAAAUCAUGCACGGUUGAUGGAGCAGGGACACAUCUUCAUGUGGCUUAUUUUGGCAGUGUGCUACAGCUCCCAGCUGAGCCUGUGAAGGUUCUCCCAGCUGCAGUGCCGACUCUGAACAGCUUUUACGGUGCCCUGACGUUGCCCCCGCCCCAGCGCCCCAGCUCUUACUCAGGGUUGUUCCUCUCAGACCUGUAAACCCAGUGGAAUCAAACCAGGACAUACUGUGGGAUUUUACUUUGAUUUCUAUCAAUUGUUCUUUAAUCUUUUUCUUUUUUGGAUUCAUGUUGAAGGACUCAUGCGAAGAAUGUUUAAAGGGUGGGAUCUUUUUAUUGACAUAUUUAAGGAACAGUGUAAAAAUAUAGAAAUGAUUGGCACAUAAUGUGUCUGAUGUAGUUUUUCUUUACAGACAGACACUGUGAAUUAGCCAUUCUCUUUGAAUAUCUGCUGUGCUUGCUUUCUAUGUGUUUUUCUGUUUUUAUCCACUAGUGGGUAGCAGAGACCAGAGCAUUGAUCGUCCUGGGGUGAAAGGCUGCCAGGAGAUGAAAUGUUAAGCAUGUGAAAAGAUCUGUUUGUCUCAGUGCAGUGGAUUUUUGAACACACAGCUACAUGUUCAGACUUAUGUUAAUAUACUGUGCCAGUAUUCAGGGUUGUCCAAGAAUUCUACACAAAGUUACAACGUCCUCUACAAAUGGAAAAUCAUCAGAUAUUUCAAAAAAAGAUAUGGGGAGGGAGGCAAAGAGUCUGUAAACUUCAUGGAAAUGUUAUUUUUAACCCAAGCUGGGGAUUCCCUUCUUUUAGGAAGACAUUGCCAUCUGUAAUUCAACAUCAUUACAAUUUGACAACGUUCUGACUGGAAAUAUGCUGCUCAGCAGAUGUUCAACAAUGUGAAUGAAUUUAUAACAUCAUCCCUAUAUUGUAACUACCUUGGUUAAAUGAUGGAAGAAAUAAAAUAUUAAUAAGAAAGGGCGCU